AUGGCGUUCGGUGUGGUGCUGGCGAAGAAAUCCGCGGUGGUUCUUUCGGAGAGUUUCCGAAGAGUGGACGAGCGCUCGUGGGCGCUGGAUUUGUCGGGCGGGGCGACGGCGGCGACGCACGUCGAGUGUCGAGACGCGUGUUUCUUCUUGACGUCGACCGGACUUUUGGACGAUAACAGCGCGCUAUGCUUUUAUAUCCAGGCCGGGGACAGCGCGUGGGAGUACUGCGGAUGCGUCGCGAACGCCAAGCCCUCGGAUGUGUUCGCCCUGCGUUGGCCGAAGAGCGCGGACGGCGGCGAUUUCCCGAACGCCGCGAUCGGUGUCUCCGUCGAACCCUUAGCUUUGGCGCUGGAAAAGGAAGCGGCGAUGGUGCAACAUAAAGAGACGUUCGCCAAGCGCGUCGCUGAGGAUCUUUUCAACUUUAUGCAGAGUUUUCAAGGUCCCGAGAGCACCGCGGACCACAUGGUGGUCCCGGUGAACAUCCUCACGCGCUGGUUCGACAAGUUUACCGCAAAAUUCCGACGCGAUCCAGGCUUCUUAGACCGACCGAGAUUGGAUGUCGCCUGA